GUAUGGAAGAUAAUAGAAAUAGUGUGUGGCAAAAAUUUGUCAAACGUUUUCGUGGUGAUGCAAUUGGAGAACCACGAAAUACACUGAUAAAUUUAUCGAAAAAUAAAUCAAAAAUGUUUAAUCGAAAAGUUUUCAUCAGGAUAAUUGAAGUGAUUUUAUGUUUUGCUUGUUUAACAACUCUUCGAAUAACUGAUGAUGAAAGUUCAAGAGUUUAUCAUUACUUAAGAAAUCGUAGUAGAGAAUGGUCACUAUUGAACAAUGUAACUUGGGGAAGAAUUGGUGCAGCAUUUGCAACAGCAACAUGUGGUGGUUACGUGAUAAUAACAGUGGGCCUAUUAAUUGCAACGAUGACAGGUGAACUCAGUGGUCGUUGGACAGAAUCAUUUUUACUUGGAGUUGGAGUUAUUCUAUUUGCUGUUAUUGGUGGAUUAGCACUGACUUCAAUUGAUGGUGUACCAGACCAACUUGUUGAUAAUGCAACAAUCUUUGGAUCAUUGUGUCUCAUAACUGCAUUUAUAUUCAUAAUUGAUUUACUUAUGACCACACCCAAGGCAAAAAAACAUGAUGAUAAUAUGAAUAUUCUUUACAAUGACACAGUUAAACCAGUGACGACAAUAACAACAACAAUGACUAUGGAAAAAGAAGAAAAAAUAUCAAAAAAUAAUAAUGACAAUACACAAAAUUUGGAAGCUGAUAAAAGUGGAAAUAUAAUUUUUGAUAAAGUUAAUAAACCUGAAGUUGUUAAUGUACCUGAUACUUUACCAUCUGAAUCAUCAUUGAAUGAUAAAAAAAAAAAAACAACAAUAGAUGUUGGUGUUACAGCUGAACCAAUUGAUUUUCAUGAUCGUGAUAUUAAAUUUAUUGAUGCUGAAAGACAAACAAAAGAUUAUAUCAAUAGAAGACAUGAUAGUUAUGGUAAUGAUAUUAAUGAUGGUAAAAUUUUUUAUAAUAAACAUGAAAUUAUUAAUCGACCAUUUGAUGAAGUUGAUACUCCAAGAUUUCCAACAACAAAAGACAAUAUUAUUGAGCCAGUAUUUCCAAAAUUUAUAAAUCCAAGUGUUAAAAUUAUGAGAGUUGACAGAUAUGAUGAUGAUGAUGAUAAUGAUCAUUUUGAAACUCGUGGAAGAUUUUCGGAUUUGAGUCAGUAUGAUAAUGUUCCAACGAGAAUUGCACCAGGUAUUUUAAAACGUGGAUAUAACAUGUCAUCAAUAAAUAAUAAUAAACGUGCAGUUGGUAGAGGUCGUGAUGAAAUUGAAAAACUUGAAGAAUGGGUUGGUGUUUUACGUAAAUCAACAACUGGUACACAAACUGGACCAUCAUCACCAACAGAUCCUGGAUAUGUCAGACAUACAGCCAGUAAUUGGCCACGAGAUAUUGAAACUCAUCUUGCAAACUAAAAUUAACAAUAAAAAUAUUAAUUGAAAAAAUUCAAAUAAAAUUUACAAAUAAGAUACAUCAUUUAUUUUUUAAUAUUAAUUUGGAUAUAUUUUCUUUUUUUUAUCUUUCGUCGUUUUGUAAAAUUAAUAAGUAAACAAUUAUUAAUUAUUGAUAAAAUAACAAAUAGAAUAUAAAAAUAUAUAAUUAAAAAGAAAAAUUUGUUAGUUUUCAACAUAAUAUUGUUUUAUCAAUUUUUUCAUAAUAUUAGUGUUUUUAUGUUUCGUUUUUUUUAAAAAAAAAAAAUUAUUUACUUUUUUACGUUAUAUAAAUAAAUGAUUUGAGUUAAUUAUUGAGUAUUUUAGAUUUUUUUUUUAAAACAAAAAUUUGAUUAAUCAAUGAAUUAUUCAUUAUUGACUCAUAAAAAAUAAAGAAUUAAAUGAAAUUUGCGUUUGUAAUUUUAUCAACGCUCAUUUAUAUUUAAUUUUAU